CUCCCCAAACACACACACAACCUUUACAUGAAGUCAACAUCAGAAAGGCCGUAAUAAUGACAGGAACGCCACAAAUCGCAACUUAAUGGAAGGUAAUUGUUGUAAAGAUGGGAAAUAUCAGGUUGAUUUUGACAUCUAGUAAAGGUCAAGCCCUUAUUAGGCAUGGAGGAGGGGAUCAGUUGAGUGGUACUGAGGUAAAGAAGAUACUUGUCCCUAGCGGAGGAUAGGUCCUGCACCACUCAAAAAAUAAGAGAAAGGCGCUUUGUAACGUCUUUCUGGAAGUCCUUUGAUUCUUAAUGAGGUACAGGAUAGUCAUCAGCAUGAGAGUGGAUAGGAACGGAAAUUAGAGAGAGAGAGAGAGAGAGAGAGAGAGAGAGAGAGAGAGAGAGAGAGAGAGAGAGAGAGAGAGAGAGAGAUCGCUUGCCUACUUAAUUAUGUAGUAGUGUGUGUGUGUGUGAGCUCUAUCUCGGGCGGCGUGUGGCAGGGCGGCGGGAGCAGCACAGCCACCAUGGUUGGGUCAGCAGCAGGCCGCGGGAGUCACACAGUUGCCAUGAUCAGCGACUCAUCACGGUGCUGUUCAUCGCUCCCGUGGUCUCAGGUUUCCUGGGUGGUAAUUUGCGGUGAUGGGGGGCGGGCUGGAGGGACGGGUGCUGGCAGGGUCGGGAUAACGGAGAGGUUCACCCACUCCCUCGCUGGCUGCCCCCCCCCUACUUCACUUCCCGUGCCGCGAGCAGGACUGGCGCAGCGGGUGGCGGGGGUUCCAGGGUGCGUGGGUAAUACUGUGCUAGGUGGGCAGUGAAUGAAGAGGUUGCCGCUGUCUCUCAAAGGUCCACAUUUUGAAACGUUCUGUGCUCUCUUAUAAGUACACGUAAAUUACUGAUCGUAUUGGUGUUUUUCAAUGAGAAGCAGAAUCCGUGUUAAACUUUUAAUAGAAACCAUAACAAACCUUGUAAAACGGAAUCUGUUAAAAGCAAGGUUUUAGAAGUAGGUUAAGAGUAGCGGAGAUAAGACGCCAAGAGGUUUGAGAAUACUGAACAUUGUGCUAUCAGUGGCUGAGACGCGGCGUGGGCUUGAAGAUGUCUGCGUUUCUCCCUAUGUAUGAAUCAGAUGACUUUUCUUCCUUCAUUCCUUGACUCUCACGCCUACCUCCUUAGGUUAUACGCCACGCAUCUCCACCCAGACGUCCACCCUCAUGACUUACACGCCCGCCAUCCCUGACUCACAUGACACUGCUACAAUCGCUGCGUCACCCCCCAGUACUCUCUCUGGCACGUAGUCCUGUACCUUCGCCUUAGGUAUCAUAUUGUCCUCCCGGAAGCCAAGAGCCGCCUUCCGCCGACCACACCGAAAGUCGCUCAAGGGGUUGGACAAAGACGUUAAGCGGUUCCGGAGACAAUUUAAACGAGACACCUGCUCUUGGGGCGCGACGAUCCUGUUAGCCGCGACGUGACAGAUGGCCCGUCGCAUCCAGCUGUGUUUAUGUUGUCUUUCUCGCACAUUCGUGUAAGAAGACCUUUUUGUAUUUGUAUUGUGGUUGACCCUUUCACUGCGAUAUGCAAGAAUUCACGGCAUCAAAAGCAUUAUAUGGAGUGUUUAGAGACAUUUAUAAGAAAGAAGGAAUAAAAGAUAAUGGUUUUUAAAAUUCCUAGCCAGUACAGUGUUUGGCGGUGGCUGUAGAACAAGAAAAGUGGUUGAUGAUUAGGGGAAGAUGUUCCAAAUAGCAGCGAAAGAGUUAAUUGCGCGAACUGAUGGGAACAAUUUUUAAGUUUUUUUCAGAAUGUCAAAUUUUAAACCAUCAAAACAUAUCGAUAUAUAUAUAUAUAGAGAGAGAGAGAGAGAGAGAGAGAGAGAGAGAGAGAGAGAGAGAGAGAGAGAGAGAGAGAGAGAGAGAGAGAGAGCACGUAUUCGAACACACCCUUCUGCUCAACUCUUCCAACGCAUCCAUUGUACUCGGUUCACGCCAAAGUUGACUCCCUUUAUACCCGAGGCGCCACCAGCUCUCCUCCCGCCUGGAUUGACAUGACCAUUUGCGAUUGGCUGGUUGAGGAUUUGGGAUGUGCGGUGUAUACGUAAGAGUUCAUUUGGUGGCAGAGUGAAGAGGGAUUGUGUGUGUGUGUGUGUGUGUGUGUGUGUGUGUGUGUGUGAGGGAUGAGGCAGUAGAGCCCGAGGGGGCGCGGGUGGGGGAUGCGGCACCUGAGGAAGGGAAGGUGUGGCGGCGGCGUGAGAAGCAAUCAUCGAGGUAGUGGGAAAAUAUAAUUGGCCCCGAGCAUGGCCAGGGAGUCUGAGUUAGGUUCAUGCACCAGAGGGGCUGCCGCAAGCCGCCAUACGCCCACUCUCUCCUUUGCUGCCCCACGCCGCGCUUUCCUCCGUUCCCACCGCGCCCCCAUGACAAACGUCUCUCCUCUACCUUCAUUAUGGCGUCAUAAGAAUUAUUCCAGUUUUCGCGGGAGAUUUUUCGGUUUAGUUCAACGCCAUAAACUUUAGAAAUGGCGAACUGGAAACUCGCAGCCCAUCUUCUCCAGGACUUCGCCUCAAAGGAAUUCUGGUCCACACAUUCUACGUCUGACCAUGUCGAGCGAGGUGCGCGCUCGCCGACCUGCGUUGCUCCACUGGUGCGCCUGCCACUCCGCCGAGAAGUUGGUAUGUUGAGGCGAGAAGGCGUCUCAAGAAGUGUGUAGAUAAGCAUAUAGUGUCUCGAAAAGGAGCGAGAAGGAGUGAAUAUAACAUUCUGGAAACAGUCCCAGUGGAUAAUAGAGGACGAAUUCGCUUCUUCUUGUGUUUGUGUAGGAAGCGAAAUCUCAUUCAUGUAAUAUUUUUACACUCUGAGCGACACUGUUGUGCUCGGAGCAACGUGUGCCCCGUGGGUGGCGGUGUGCAGCUUCUCUGACCAGCAUCUGUGGGGAGGAGGUGGGCGAGUGAGGGCGAGUGAUUGAACAACGGCUGAACAGGGAACAUAAGUCCGCACCGUAGCCUGAGGGCAGGACGGGCAGAGGAACAUACCUGCCCUACACAAAACACCUUAAAUAAAUCUUCGAAAAAAUACCAGAGGCAGCGUUGGCGCACGGUCACCAGACACAUUUACCGCCUUGCACUGGCGAGGCUUAGCACUAAACCUGGUCCUGGGAGGCCGCAGGGCACCAUGCCUGCACCUUGAGCCUCGCGCCUCCCUCAACUCAUCCUGCCGGCGCCCUACCCUCCCUUGUCCUGCCGCGCAUCGGGGAGCCAUGGGAGGGAGCAUGGGCAAGGGCGGGAAGGGCGUGUCGCUUCUGGACGCCCUGCCCUCCCUCAACGCCCCGCUUCAUGUGGUGAUGCUCGGCCUCGACUCUGCCGGGAAGACCACUGCCCUCUAUCGCCUCAAGUUUGACCAGUACCUCAACACCGUGCCCACCAUCGGCUUCAACUGUGAGAAGAUCAAAGGAACCUCCGGCAGGUGUAAAGGCACGAGUUUCCUGGUGUGGGACGUGGGCGGGCAGGAAAAACUACGUCCGCUGUGGAGGUCAUACACGAGGUGCACGGACGGCAUCGUGUUCGUGGUGGACUCUACGGACACUGAGCGGAUGGACGAGGCGAAGAUGGAGUUGGUGAGGACCGUCCGCGCCCCCGAGAACCACCACGUGCCGAUCCUGGUGCUGGCUAACAAGCAGGACCUCCCCGGUGCUAGGGACGCCAAGCAGGUUGAAAAGUGUCUAGGUCUGUGGGAGCUGGGGCCGUCACAGCUGUUCCACGUGCAGCCCUCGUGUGCCAUCAUCGGGGACGGCCUGGCGGACGGCCUCGAGUGUCUCUACGAAAUGAUCUGCAAGAAGAAGAAAAUCACCCGAGGCAGUCACAAGAGUAGCAAGAAGAGGUGAUGCUGUGCGCCGCCCUUGCUGCUUCUUCCCUCCCCACCUCUGCGCCUCAGACCCUCUAUCUCUUGCACCCCUCCCUCAUCACCUUACCGUCUCUUCUCCUUCGCCCGUCCAUCCCCGUAACUGCCCCCACUACAUGCUCCAGCACGCUCAUGCAAGUGCACAUGCUCACAGUGACGCCCUAGCGCGCACACCCCAUCCACACACACACACACACACACACACACAGACACACACACACACACGGCUGUAUUAGCUUUAAGUUGUAUUGAUAUUGAAUAAAAGCUAUGUUUGAUGUAA